AUGUUCCGUCAAUUGACUUCUCUUUCACGUACUGCGGCUGUGUCUAGACACAUUGCCCCAACCGUCUCCUCCCGUGCAUUCACUGUGUCCCUAGCCUCCAGAAAGUCUGUGGUUGACACUGCUAAGGAUGUCUUGGAGAAGGCCAACAAGAAGACCGGUGAGUUUUUGGCUGGAACCAUUGAGUCCACCGAGAAGGUUGCUCCUACCGGUGAGAACAUCAAGAACGCUGCUGAGACCGUUAACAAGAAGACUGGUGAUGUCUUGGCUGACGGUAUCGAAAAGACCGAGAAAGCUGCUUCCAACGUCAAGGAGCUGGUUGACAACACUGACGUUAACGUCGACAUCAAGGGCGCCGCCGAGAAGGUGAACAAGGCCACUGGCGAGAAGUUGUCUGAGGGUAUCCACAAGGCUGAGGGUGCUGCUCACCAGGCUAAGGAUGCUGCUUCCAAUGUUAAGGAAGAGGUCCACGCUAAGGCCAAGGUCGAGGCUAACACCAAGGGUUACCAGGACCUCCAAGACAAGGGCGCCAAGGUUGAGACCGAGCAGAACCGUCCUGAUGACGCUGUCUAA